CUUUUCGCGACCUGAACAUCGUGACGAUCAGAACUAAACAAAUCAGUGCUACGUGAUCUAAUUAUUUACUGUAUUUUCAAUAUUCAUUAAAUUAUGAUAGCAUAGUCGACCUAAACUAAAUAUAUACGUAAUUUUUUUCGGUAAAAACUAGUAACGAGGUUCUUUGUACCACAUGACGCGAAGAAAUGUUACUCUGGAAAAGAUUCAAGUGGAAAUUGAAAAAGAACUUCUUUUACUAUCUGAGAUGUGGCGCAAAGAUAAUAACGUUCUUGUUUUGGGCCUCUUUGUACUUAGUAGUGAUGAAAAUGACAGUGUUCAAAAGAAGCGACAACUCGCCGGUGAUCAAAGACUGGGAUUUGGCACCUGACAACUAUUCUAAGUGGCUGUUGCAGGGUCCAAUUUUAGGCGAGGACGAGUCAGAAACCGAUAGUAAGAACUCAGAAUGGCAAGAACCCGACAAUGAAACAUUAGCAGAACUAGAUGCACGAGUUAAAAGAGUACAAAACGUGUGUCGUUUGCGACAUUUGAGCACUGAAUACAUAAACAGUAAGGAAUUCUUCGUGGAUCAUCAACACAGCAUCGUUUGGUGUAACAUAUUCAAAGCUGCUAGCUCCUCGUGGAUGUACAGGUUUAACAUUCUGGGAGGCUACACUAAGAAAUAUCUAUCAAGAACUGUACAAACGCCGCUUAUGCUGGCUCGCAAGAAGUUUCCGCGACCCAGUGAGGAAGAGCUACGAGAUGCCGUCAAUACGCCCGGUGUGGUGUCUUUGUUGGUUGUUCGUGAACCGUUCGUUAGAUUACUUUCUGCUUAUAGAGACAAGUUGGAAAAUAUCACUCCACCCUACUAUCGUAAACUCGCGCGAUCUAUAGUACAAAAGUACAGAGAAAAUGCGACUAAAAUCUUUGGACCAAUCAAAAGUUUCGGGCCUACAUUUUACGAAUUCGUGUCGUACCUAAUAGAUACACACAAAAAUGAGUCGAUUAAGUUCGACGAGCAUUGGGCGCCGUAUUACCAGUUUUGUACACCGUGUGCUGUGAAUUUUAGCGUUAUUAGUAAAGUGGAAACUCUACGAAGAGAUACGAGAUUUGUGAUCCUGCAACUUGGUCUCGGAUACGUGUUGGACAGAAAAGUGAAGGACCGUAGAACGCGAAUACGUACGGUGAUGAACAAAUCGCGAGACGGUAAGAACACGACUUCUUUAAUAAAACGGUACUACAGUCAGCUUGACGAGCGAAUGCUUUACGACUUGUUGCAAAUAUAUGGAAUAGAUUUUGAAAUGUUUGGAUAUGAUGCAAAAGUUUAUAACAAUUACAUUAGGAAAUAAGGAGUUUAUAACUUGUUCUUUAGUGUUUCGCUAAAUUUAAAUAUUAAU